CUUAAAGAGAGUGGAACACCAUUUAUAUUGCUCAUCACUGUCCACUCUUGGCUGUUCUGUAAUCUGCUGGUGCACACAUGCUGGGUGAGGGCUUCAUCAGCGUGUUCACAUACAGGGAAGACGCUAAUGACAAGACUCCAACCAGGCCCAGAGGCAGGAGUCAACCAUGUAGGGACCCCCUCAGGGACACCAGCACGGACAAAACAGCCCUAAAGCUAAUUCAAGGAAAGGAGGAGUUGCCAGGCCUUGAGGAAGGGCUAGAGGAGCCUGGACCAAGAGUUUCACUUCAGCUCAGCCCCGCCCUCUCCAUACCCAACAGCGAGGCCAACCAAUACUUGGGCCUGGAACUGUACCGCUCCUGGUGCUGCACCAGUUUCUGUAAAGACUACCCUGACCUGCAGCUGAGAGGGGAUCACGUGGGUGACAAGGAUUCAGAGAGCCCUAGACUGGAGUAUGAGACCUGCGAAGGCCCGCUACUACAGUCAAGGGACCUGGAGGAGCUGGUGCCCCUGCAGUCUGGACCUGAACCCCCCGUUUCACAAGUAGAGCCUGAGCUCCCCCACGAUGAGGGCUACCUGGUGAUGGACAGUAGCAUCAUGCUGGACAAGAGGGAGCCGCUGUCCAACUCCAUGCUGAAUGGCUACCUUGAGAGUAAGCUGCUGGAAGUGUACAGGCAGUACCUGCAGGACAGUUUGGUCCGCGGUGGCUCCCCCACCAGCCCCACCCUGCCGCCGAGCUUUGUGCCACCAAUGAUCGAUCAGCUUAGCCAACAGCUGACCCUGGAGCAGGGGCUGGACUCCAGCGUCGCCCGCAGCGUAGUCGUGAACUACCUGAGCUCCCAGCGUACCUGCACAGCCAGCUCCAACUUUAGCUCCCCCAUCUUGCGUAUCUCCAAUGUGGACCAGAGAAAAAAAGCUCCCUCGCACUACCAGCCCCUGUAGGGACUGGCCCAUUCAUUCUGACCUGCCCUGGAUUAUGCCAUGGACUGCCUUCAUGUAGACUGGACGCCCUUUGAACAUACAGCUCCUGUUCCUACCGGAAUAAUGAUGAAGGUGUGCAUUAAGACAGGUUAUGUCAUGAACUAGAGGUGAAUGGACCACCUGAGCCCAAAGGGUACCACC